AUGGAUGAUAAUCUUGAUCCCGCAGGGGAAGACAAUUUGUCUACUGAAGCUACUCAAACACCGGAGUCUAUUGGCUCUCAGGAGAUUAUGAAGCCUAUUGAAUCCAUGGCGACUGACGACGGUGCCUCUGUUCACCUUGGCCCCACCGACCCGGACCAAGUGCAUAUCGAAGCUACCGAGGGAGAAUCUUCUACGCCGCAACUGGAUUCCAAGCUGAAUCGAUCAUCUGCUAGGCCUAAGGCUGCUCAUGUUCAUUUCCUUGACCCGGCUGAGCUAGAAAGGUUGAAGGUUGCAUCCAAUGAUGUGAGUGUCCCGACUCGGUCUGACCAGGUCCCAAUCACUUUGGUGUCCCAAAUAAAAUAUCACGCUAACAGUAGGUUGAAGAUGAGGGAGCCUUACAAGAAUAUUUCGGAGGUUCUAGCUGAAGCUGGGGUCCUUCUCGAAGCAACUGGUCCUUCUGCCGUUACUAAACAGCCAGAGAGCACUACUGACACCUCGGAUGUGAACGACGAUGCAGUCUCGGAAAAAGCGUCCAAGGUUGGAUUCAAGCAUGAUCCAAACGAGGAAAGGGUUCUCGCGAACGUGGAACUGGACGUUAGUCGUUCAAAGAAAAAGAAGAAUAAGAGACGCCCCAAGAGUCAGAGGGGAGAGAACGCGCCCUCUGGAUUCGAACCUUUCUAUGCUGAUGCACCAAUCACCCCAGCGGAGUUCGAGGAGAACAAAGCGAUCUAUGAUCCUACUUUGCCUAUUCUUGAUCGAAUUGACGAGGGCAUCAAGCGCUUCUUGUACAAGCGACGUCUUGAGCCCUACAGACGCAAGGUUUUUCUCAAGUAUCUGCAGUAUGGCGGUGUCAGCGUGGGUCCCAAUCAUUCUCAGGGAGUGACUCCUUCGGAAUUGAAGGAAAUGACCAAAGAGGAGGCAAUGCAAGCCCGCUGCACCACGGCCAUCUUUCCCAAGAGAGGAAAGCCAUACCCAAUUCAGUUUAACGAUGUUGCCACUGGCUACCUGACCGGGUACUACAUGGGUUAUUACAACCCUGAUACCGAGGAGGAGAUCAAGAUCUGUACUGAUACAAUGAAGAAUUUCUUCUCGUACCUACUUUAUCACGAUGUUUGCCCCGAGCAUAAGGAGGACAUCGAGGAGGCCCGGAAGACUUGCGAUCGUGCUGCCAAAGAAUUGUGGAUGAACCAACAACUUGUCCAUCAUUCAGGCCCCGGGGACUUCAAUCGCGGCUGCUCCAUGCUGUUUGGCGGAUACUACUUCGAGGAUGUGGAUGACCCUGAUGCUUGGACCAAUGUUCGACACGCUGAUCAAAAGGCCUUCACCACUGACAUUGCUCGCAAGAUCGUCAAAUACGCCAUUGCAAUUACCGAAAAUGAUCGUACUGCUCGCAAAUUCAAGAUCCUCGCCGACAUGGACUUGAUCGAAGCCAAUCAGGUCCAAGACAUCGAUGGAUUCGAGGUGAUCUCUAUGGAGGCCCCUACCGAGGAAACCAUUGCAUACUACAAGGAGCUGGGCCCCGAUCUCGUUCCAGUGGGCAAGGUUCGAGCCAAGGAAUUCCGUGACCCCGCCAGAGGUCCCUAUGACCUCGCUCCCUGGGAAAAGAUCGACUGGGAUGCUGGCUUUGCCCCAGCCUACGAGUUCGAAUUUCUCCUCGAAGCCGAUUUCUUCGUCAAUCUGUUGCCCGGCAUGAAGAUCAUCACGACCGUAUAUGAGACCAACUUCGGACAGUACUACUUCGAUGAAAUCCUGUCGGUCCUACCAACCUUUUACAAGUUCAUGUACAAUGACUGGAUGAUGGACUACGUGGAGCCCGCGCCCAUUAACUUCAUCCCCGACGAGGAGGAAAUUGCACGCCGCCGGGCAAAGGAUUCUAUCAUUGAGCCUCUUGAGCCCACCCCAGCUGAGUGGGCUAUGCACAUGUUGACCUACGAGCUGGACUUCAUAGUCAAGCCGGAUGAUCAUCCCAUGAAAGCCAUUUGGGAAUUUAUCCAUGCCCUUCAGACCUUUGGCUGGGACAUGGAGGAAAUCAAAAGGUUGAUGGGCUUACCCAAGGAUCCGUAUCCGGAGAGAGGCAGGCGAUGCAUGCGCCAGGGAGAGCCACGCCCCAUCCGCCUUAGCAACGAGGAUCGUAACAUUCCGUUUGACGAGACCCCUUUCCAGCGACUUAAUCGGAUUCUCGGAUAUUACAAAAAUCCUGAAAGAAUCAAGCCUGUUUUCGACCCGGAGAUUAUGGCGAAGGCUCUCAAGCACAGAAAGAAGCAGAUUGACAAGCAGGUCAAGGAAGCCAUCCAGAUUGCGGAGGCUCUCCGCGAGCACAAGAAGGAGAUUGAAAAGGAACAGACCAAGGUAGAAGCCCACAUUGCAAAGCUUCUCAAGGAGCAAAAAGAGAAGAUAGAAAUGCAGGUCAAGCAAGCUGCCGAGGCUGCAAAGGAACAAGCCGAGCUAGCAGCCCAGACUGCGAAGGAGCUGGGGCCCGAGGGACAGCCCAUUUCAGUACCUACAGACAGCCAGGCAACCCAUAUUUCGGGUGAACAGGAGGUUGUGAAGAAGGAGAAACCUGAGGGAGAGCUCAGCCAAGAACCGACAGACGACCUCGCAGCCCAGACUUCGAGUGAGGAGGAAAUUGUGAAGACCCAGGGGGCCGAGGGACAGCCCAGCCAGGGACCAACCGAGACAUCGAAGGAGGCUGUUGAGAAGGACGAGAAAACUAGGGGUGAACUGGAGGGAGAAGAUCAAUGA